UGCUCUCAAGUUUCUCGCUUUUCACUACUAUCCUGCUCUACCAGCUGACCCCGAGCUGUGCAAUUACCUGAGCAAAGAACACUUCAGACGACUUUCUCCUCCCACCAAUUUCGUCAGCUUCUCCGAUUACGAACAUACGACCGCUUUCAACAUGUCGUCCAUUCCUGUAGGCGUCUACGGACGUCGCAUUCCGGCUGGAGGCAUUCCCAUCCUGGCUGCUGUCGACCAGUCUGUCACUUUCCGCAUUACUAUGGCCGCUAUCGACCCAGAUGCUGAGCCCCAAAUCGAUGAUGAGCACAAGCACCCUCGCGCAACCCUUAAGCUCAUCCGCGUGCCCUCAGACUAUGACAGCGAGGAUGAUGAUGAUGAGGACUACGAGGAGGGCGACAUCGAGGCCAUCGCUGCUCGUCUGCGCGCUGCUGGUGCGCUUCCUGAGGCCGACUCGGAUAUGUCCGACUCCGAGGACAGCGAGAACGAGAAGAACGGUGGCCCCAGCGACCCUGCCCGGUCAAAGAAGGCCAAGCAGGCAGCCCUCACCAAGAAGCUGCAAGAAGAGCUCGAGGCCGACGAGAUGGACAUUGACGGCAUGACCAACGGCAAGGGAAAGGCCAAGGGCAAGGCCAAGGUCACCGACGACGACGAUUUGAGCGACGAGGAUGACGAGGAUGAUGAGGAUGAUGAGGACGAGCCUGAGGAGCUUGUCCUGUGCACUCUCGACCCCGAAAAGCACUACCAACAACCUCUCGACAUCACCGUCCGCCAAGGCGAGGAAGUCUACCUUGCUGUCAGCGGUACUCACGAUGUUUACGUUACUGGUAACUACCUCGUAUUCCCCGAGGAGGAUGACGAUGAGGAUGACGAGGACGAUGGUCUUGAGGGCCUCGGUUACGACAUGGGUUCUGACGAGGAUGAGCUCGACGAGAUGGACGAGUCUGAGGACGACGAGCUCGACGGUAUGAACGACCCCAGGAUCACUGAGGUUGAGUCUGACGAGGAGGAAGCUCCCAAGCUCGUUGAUGCCGGCAAGAAGAACAAGAAGCGCGCUGCCGAGGAGGAUGCCACUCUUGAUGACAUGAUCAGCAAGACGAAUGGUGACGCCAAGCUUAGCAAGAAGGAAGCUAAGAAGCUGAAGAAGAACGACGGCCAGGCUGUUGCCAAGGCUGCAGAGCCCGAGAAGAAGGCUGAGAAGGUUGAUACCCCCAGCAGCGACAAGAAGAAGGUUCAGUUCGCUAAGAACCUUGAGCAGGGCCCAACUGGCUCCCCCAAGGUCGAUGCCAAGCCAGAGGCAAAGAAGGAGGCCGCUAAGGGACCUCGCAACGUCAGCGGUGUCAUCGUUGACGACAAGAAGGAGGGUAAGGGCAAGGCCGCCAAGAAGGGUGACCGUGUCGAGAUGCGCUACAUCGGCAAGCUCAAGAACGGAAAGGUGUUUGAUUCCAACAAGAAGGGCAAGCCAUUCUCUUUCAAGCUCGGUGUCGGUCAAGUCAUCAAGGGAUGGGACGUCGGUGUCGCUGGCAUGACUGCUGGCGGUGAGCGUCGUCUCACUAUCCCCGCCGCGAUGGCUUACGGCAAGAAGGGUGCUCCCCCGGACAUUCCCCCCAACUCUGACUUGAUCUUUGACAUCAAGUGCAUUUCCGUCGGUUAAAUGUCGCUGUCAGUACUUUGCCUACGCGCAAUAGGGUCCACUCAGCCCCCACCAGGAUCCGACUCCACUCCUGUGCAGGACUCCACUGGCCUGCGUGCGUUCGCGCCUCUUCCCGUUUCCUUUUCCGUCUCUGUAUCAACUGCAUAGCGCGUCGUCUGAGAUAUCCGACUUGCAUAAUCUGGGCUGUUUCAUUAGAUGCGUGCAAGGAGGAAGGAUCUCUCAGUCCUCUUCGCCAAUGUCUUUUCCUAUAGCGGGUCAUCUGUAAAUGAUAUAGCGAGGCGAUGUUGCCAAAGAGCAAAAUUUCGCUGAGGAAGCUACUUUGAAAAGUUCUACGGUGUUCCGGUUGACAUCUCGAAUAUGUAGUAAUACAUAAUCUGCAAGUAACAUGUCUGGUGUCU